CUUGAGUCCAAUCAUGCGCAGAGAAAAGAAGUGCUAUGCCUGCUUAUUGUUUUACGUUUUGACAACCAUCUUAAAUUGUUCCUCAGGGGGGAAUUUUGAAGAACGGCUCUUUUCAAAAACCAAGCAUUAUCAUCUUAAUGUUCCUCAUGUUGGGAUAAUCACCGUAAUGGACGAAAUGGAGUGCCUGUUUAAAUGCCGCAGGAGUCAUUUGUGCCUUUCUGUAAACAUGUCUCCGUCCAAAGGAAGAGAUGGAAAGCUUUGGUGUGAGUUGCUGUCUUCUGAUAAAUACAGAAACGUCGACAAGUUGAAGGCAAACAAAAGUUCGCAUUAUUAUUGUGUCGAGCUUUCCUGUUUUAAUAACCCAUGUAAGAACGGAGGGACUUGGCAACCAGUGCACGGAGCUCGAGAGUGCGGUAAUGAUUCCACGUGCGUCUGUGCAGCGGGUUUCAGAGGAAAAUUUUGCGAGCAAAAUGUCACUCUUAGCCUGGAUAGAUUCUGGCCAGUUGGUGUAGCCUUCAAAGGUUACAAUGGCAAGUAUCUCAGUCGUAUACAUCGAUCGGGAAUUGAUUACAUCGAGAUGGCAAAAAGUCAGAAGGAUAGUACCACAAGAUUUGUAGCCACGAAGUCCAGUGGCAAGCUGAUGCUUACAGCAGACAAUGGGAAGUAUUUGUCGAGAAUAAGACGUGGAAAUGUCGAUUACAUCGAAGCUGCCAAGACAUAUCCUGAUACUCCCAGCCAGUUUACAGUACAUUAUCAACCAGAUGGAACCGUUGCAUUGCAAGCAAACAAUGGAAAGUACUUGAGUUUAAUCGAUCGCAACUCAAGAAACUCUUUUGAGGCAGCGAAGGAUAACAUUGACUCUUUUUGCAAAUUGAGGCGUGAGAUUCAGAAGUAAAAAGAAUUAAACCCGGAAAACGAUUGUCGUGAAACCCCCACUAUUUCGAAACACAUGUGACUGCAAAGGGUUAAAUUUGGUCUUAAGUGCAUUGAAUAAGGUCGACCAAAGCGUAGAAAAACUGUUUCCAGCCACUCAUAGUUAAAAAGUGUGAAUGAUUGGAAGGUGUUUUUUUUCGCAAAAGAAUCUGAGCAAAAUAGUUGAUCAAUGCCAGCCUUUUUAGUCUCGCUCAACACAAGUUCAAAUCAUUGUAUUAUAACUUCUGAACGUGGUUUUUUUUCACGAGUCAUGGUCGCAAUUUACCCCAAUGAUCGCACGAAAAGAAAGCGUUGAACUGAUACUUUCUGUUUCCUCUGCAGAUUGCAUCCAAUCAGUCAUUAACCUUUUGCACCGUUACAUCAGUAUACCUAUUCUCCAUACUUUUUUUAAAACAUUUCCUAAGCUGUUGACGGGGAUAAUUUAUUCUUGUGACUCUUAUGUUCCAAUGGAAAAUACACGAGUUUAAUUGAUCGGCAGGUAGUAUGAUUCACGGGUGCAUGUCACCAUUUAACCCAUUGAUCGCAAGAAAAGAAAGCAUUGACUCAGUCCUUUCUGUUUUCUCUGCAAACUGCAGAGAUGGAAUCAUACACUCAAUCAUUAACCUUUCACACCAUAAGAUCACUGUGCAUACUACCUUCUCCGUCAACUUCUAUAUAUAAAUUAUUGUGCCUGCAAUUCAAUUGGUCGCGCUUGUUUAAUGUAGAGACUUUUACGCACAAACGUACAGUCACGUGAUAGACGAUAGAUCACGCGAUAGAUAGAAAACACUUUUCACGUGGAGCUCAUGAAACUGAUAGCUUAGUGCCAAGCUAACAAGUUAUCUAUAAUCAUGCAAAAUCUACAUCUAUGGUUUCAAAGCGCGGGUA